CCCAGUCCUGACAGGCCCCGCCCCUAUCAGUCAGUGACAGUAAGCUGAGGCGGCGGCCUGUGGUCUCGGAGAUGCCGCUGUACGAGGGUCUGGGCAGCGGGGGAGAGAAGACGGCCGUGGUCAUAGACCUGGGGGAGGCGUUCACCAAGUGUGGAUUUGCCGGUGAAUCUGGUCCAAGAUGCAUUAUUCGGAGCGAAAUAAGAAAGCCGGGCGUUUCCAAGCCUAUAAAGGUUGUCCAGUAUCACAUAAAUACGGAGGAGCUGUAUUCCUACCUGAUAGACUUCAUUCACAUGCUGUAUUUCAGGCACUUGUUGGUGAAUCCCCGUGACCGCCGCGUUGUCUUGAUAGAAUCCGUACUUUCUCCUUCCCACUUCAGGGAGACUUUGACGCGGGUUCUUUUCAAGUAUUUCGAGGUUCCAUCUGUGCUGUUUGCACCAGGACACCUGAUGUCUCUGAUGACACUUGGAAUCAACUCUGCAAUGGUCUUGGACUGUGGAUAUCGAGAGACCCUUGUCCUGCCUAUAUAUGAGGGUAUUCCAAUCCUCAACUGUUGGGGUGCUCUUCCCUUGGGUGGAAAAGCUAUUCACAAAGAGAUAGAAGCCCAGUUGUUGGAGCAGUGCACUGCCGACACCGGGACAGCCAAGGAGCAGAGCCUCCCGUCUGUUAUGAGCAGUGUGCCAGAAGAAGUAGUGGAAGAUAUUAAAGUUCGGGUCUGUUUUGUAAGUGACCUGCAGCGAGGGCUAAAGAUCCAGGCUGCCAAAUUUAACAUUGAUGGAAGCUCCGAGCGCCCCGCACCUCCUCCUGAUGUUGAUUACCCACUGGAUGGACAGAAGAUCCUGCAUGUUAAAGGAGCUAUCAGAGACUCUGUGGUUGAGAUGUUAUUCGAGCAGGACAAUGAAGAGAAGUCUGUUGCCACUUUAAUACUGGACUCACUUGUACAGUGCCCUAUAGAUACUAGGAAACAACUGUCUGAGAACAUUGUAGUCAUUGGAGGUACAUCGAUGCUGCCAGGAUUUCUACACCGGUUGAUGGCAGAGAUACGAUUCUUGGUGGAAAAGCCAAAAUAUAAAGAAGCUCUCGCCACCAAGACCUUCAAGGUUCACAGUCCACCUGCAAAGCCAAACUGCGUGGCCUGGCUAGGAGGAGCGAUAUUUGGAGCUCUUCAGGAUAUCCUCGGCAGCCGCUCUGUGUCUAAAGAAUAUUACAACCAGACGGGCCGUAUUCCUGACUGGUGCUGUCUUAACAACCCACCUCUUGAAAUCAUGUUUGAUGUUGGAAAGUCUGCACCUCCAAUGAUGAAACGAGCCUUCUCUACCGAAAAGUGAAGACCCUGGACCAGAAUACAACUGUUUUAGGAAAAAGACUAAACUAGAUGUGCAAAAAUACCAAUAUUUAUUCUACUUUUCAAUGCUAACAAGGCCUUGUGUAUAUUUGUAUUAUAUAUUUCCCUCUUUACCUGGCUUUACUGUAGGUGGUCAUAUUCCAUGAUAUUCAAAGUGUUAGGAAAUGAUGUACAAUUACUUAUGACUUCUCCAUUCCCUCAUGUGAGUUACUGAUCGUACAGUGGACCUGUUGGCUACAUGGUUGAGGCAGCCAUUAUGCGUGCUCAGUCAGUAUCCCACCUGGGGCUUCUCACUGUGGAAAGGCCUUUAUAUAUAGGAUGUACUCAUUAUUGGUGAGUUAAAUAUUGAUGUACCACAUAAAAACUGGCUGCCUUUACCCAUAAGGCUACUUUCACACUAGCGUUUUGGCUUUCCGUUUGCGAGAUCCGUUCAGGUCCAAAACUGAUCAGUUUUGCCCUAAUGCAUUCUAAAUGGAAAAGGAUCCGCUCAGA